AUGGCUUCCAUCACCAUUUUCUUCUCCUUUCUCAUUCUCCUCCUCACAUUCUACGCCACGGCCGCCCCUUCACCACCCUCUUCCGCCUCCACGGUUUGCCAAGACACCCCUUAUCCAUCUGUUUGCCAAGCAUCCCUCCCUAUCAACAACUCUUCAGCCAAUGUCUAUGACUAUGGUCGUUUCUCCAUCCGUAAAUCCCUAUCCUCGGCUACUAAAUUCGCUAACUUGAUUGAUAACUACCUUCGUAGCUCCUCUGGCUUAACCGUUGGCGCGAUCAAUGCACUUCAAGAUUGCCAAUACUUGGCUAGACUCAACAUUGAGUUCCUUUCAACCACUUUCCAAACAAUCAAUGCCACUCAAACAAUUCUUCCCGAUACGAAAUCAGAAGACACCCAAACUAUCCUUAGUGCCAUAUUAACCAACACCGAAACAUGCAUAGAGGGUUUACAAGCAAAUGCAGCUUCUUGGACCUCCAAAAAUGGAGUCAUUGCUCCAAUCCAGAAUGAUAACAAAUUGUAUAGUGUUUCUUUAGCUCUUUUCAACAAAGGAUGGGCUAGUAAAAGAAGCAAAAAAAUUGGUUUUUCACAUAGAUACAAUGGUUUCAAAAAUGGUAAAUUGCCACCUUUUAAAAUGUCCCAAAAAUCAAAAGCCAUAUUUGAAAAUGUAGGUAAAAGAAAGCUUCUUCAGACUAAUAGCUCCGGGAAUCCGAUAGUUGUUAGCAAUAUUGUGGUGGUGAGUCAAGAUGGUACCGGUAACUUUACCAAUAUUACUGCUGCGGUUAACUUUGCACCUAAUAAUUCUGCUUCCACUGCUGGUUAUUUCGUGAUUUAUGUCACGGCGGGUCUUUAUGAAGAGUAUGUUAACAUUCCAAAGAACAAGAAGUACUUGAUGAUGAUCGGAGAUGGUAUUAAUCAGACGAUUAUCACCGGAAAUAACAACGUUGUAGAUGGCUCGACCACGUUUAAUUCAGCAACAUUCAUUGUGGUAUCACCUUACUUUGUGGGAGUCAACAUGACAAUCCGAAACACAGCAGGAGCCAUAAAACAUCAAGCAGUAGCAUUAAGAAAUGGUGCUGAUUUAUCCACAUUUUAUAGCUGCAGUUUCGAAGGCUACCAAGACACAUUAUAUGCACAUUCCAUGCGUCAGUUCUAUCGAGAAUGUGACAUAUAUGGCACCGUAGACUUUAUUUUUGGAAAUGCGGCUGCAGUGUUCCAAAACUGUAACUUAUAUCCACGGUUACCUAUGUCAGGCCAGUUCAAUGCCAUUACUGCACAAGGCAGAACAGAUCCGGGCCAAAACACUGGGACCUCCAUACAAAAGUGUAACAUUCGGGCUGCUGAUGAUUUAGCAGCCAGUAAUGGGAAUACUGUAACGUAUUUAGGCCGUCCUUGGAAAGAGUAUUCUAGGACGGUCUAUAUGCAGUCUUUUAUGGAUAGUUUGAUAACUCCAGCAGGGUGGUCCAUAUGGUCUGGUGAUUUUGCGUUGAAUACUUCUUACUAUGCAGAGUUUAAUAACUCCGGGCCUGGGUCAGACACUAGUCGUAGAGUUACUUGGCCCGGAUUUCAUGUUAUUAAUGCAACAGAUGCUGUUAACUUUACAGUGUCUGCUUUCAUUUCGGGUGAUGAAUUUUUGCCUCAGACGGGUGUUCCUUACGAUGGUGGGUUAUGA